GUCCGAGGUACAAUCGGACGCUAAUCGUUGCGCUCCAAUUUCGACGUUGAAACGGCGCGAAAUCGUCACUGUUAAUAAUCGGCUGGUAGAAUCGGGAACGUGCGGCGCGCCAACGCUCAACUUUCGCCGGCUCGCCCUCGUCGGGACAUGCAACAGCUUCGCGUGACCUUUUAAGACGCAAUCUGCAUUUGGCUGGAAUAGCACGAUCGUGCUGGAAACGGUCGUCUACUGACUGUGUUGCAUCGACGAUCGACGAUUUCGAAUCUGCACGCGAAACCCCCGUGGAUUCGUUCAUCACGUGCCGUCACGAAAGAAGGAAGGUGAAAGACAAUAAGAGUCAGCGUUGCUGCGACAAAGAUAACACCUCUUGACGGCCGGACACGUGACGAAACAGCACGGUGCCGAUCAUCGACCUUGUCCCUUCGUGUCACGUUGUACUUCAACGCGAGAAUUAGCGAGGACCCGGUAAUCGCUGGCCGUUUCAGUGAGCCAAACCGGAUGGGAUUAUUAUCGUUUCGAGUUCACAAAUUUCAUAAAGGGAAAGGAUUACGAUACACCGUGUGAUCGAUCUCUUGCCUUGAGAGAGAUACCUGGACGUCUUACCGAAUCUAAUACUGCCCAUCGUUCUGUGAUAAAACCUGUGAUAUUACCGAGAUUUCAUCGAGAUUGAUGAGAGGAUCUUCUUCUUUGUCUCUGGAAAUCGUUGCUGAUAAUUGUGAGACCUAAUCGGCUUAAUUUCGUCGAAUUAAUUAUUUCCAAGAAACACUAAAAAAGCCUACUAAUUGUAACGAUUUGGAACAAAAGUUGCAUACUUAUUCGCCGCCGUGCUCAAAUUACGUUUAACAGGUGGUUUGCAACUCUGCCAAUACGAGCGCAAUCCAGUCCGAGACUCCAGGCGGCUGGUCAAGCUGCGGCAAGUGUCUAGACGACAUGAGGCUCAUGCAAAGAUUAGCGAUCAGCGGACUGCUGUCCGUGAUCCUGAUCCUUCUUCUAACCGGAACAUUUAUAACACGACGCGAUCUCGCGAAUGUCGUCGAUCGAGGCGUCGCGCCGGAAGAACGCAACGAACAGUUGAAUCCGGCCUGGAUACAAGAUAAUAUGGUUCCAGGACAGGAUGAGCCUGAAAUCGAAGAUAAAGAUAAAGAUAAAGAUCGACAUGUAGAUAUCAGACAUAAACAAUUCGAGCCUUCGGUGGUCGAAACGCCAGCUGUAUCUAUUCCUGGCAUUUACGUUAUUAGAUCGCCUAAUCCACCUUUGGAUGAUGUAACCAAUCAGCGCCGAGAAAAAGUUAAAGAGAUGAUGAAACAUGGCUGGGACAACUACGUACGGUACGCAUGGGGGAAAAACGAAUUAAGACCAAUCUCGAAGAGAGGUCACAGUGCCAGUAUCUUCGGGGCUUCAAAUAUGGGCGCGACUAUCGUCGAUGGACUUGAUACUCUUUAUAUCAUGGGUCUCCACGAUGAAUUCAAGCAAGGACGCGACUGGAUUGCCGAGAAUCUGGACUUCGACAUCAACUCCGAAAUAUCGCUGUUUGAGACGAAUAUUCGUUUCAUGGGAAGUCUGCUUGCCUGUUAUGCUCUCACGGGAGAUGUGAUGUUCCGGGAUAAGGCGGCGCAACUUGGUGAACGGAUGCUGCCUGCCUUCCAGACGGAAACCGGAAUUCCUCAUUCCCUCAUCAACCUUCAUACCGGGGCCAGCAAGAAUUACGGUUGGGCGAGCAGCGGUUGCAGUAUUUUAUCCGAAAUCGGGACAAUGCAUCUUGAGUUUACCUACUUGAGCGAUAUAACGAAUAAUCCAGUGUUCAAGAGCAAAGUUGAAAAUGUAAGGAAAGUCUUGAAGAGUCUGGAUAAACCAAAGGGUCUAUAUCCGAAUUAUAUCCAUCCAAGAACAGGAAAAUGGGGUCAACAUCAUAUGUCGCUCGGUGGGCUCGGCGACAGUUUCUAUGAAUACCUAUUGAAAGCUUGGAUCCAGUCAGGCAAGGAAGAUGUUGAGGCACGUGAAAUGUACGACGACGCUAUAGCUGCUAUAACCCAGCAUAUGAUCAAAACAUCCCCUGGUAAACUUGUCUACGUAUCGGAUUUAAAAUACGACAGGCUUGAGCAUAAAAUGGGUCACUUGGCUUGUUUUGCCGGCGGUAUGUUUGCUCUGGGCGCUAAAACUUUAGAAAACGAGGUGUCUGAAAAAUACAUGAACAUCGCCGCUGGUUUGACCAACACGUGUCAUGAAUCAUAUGACAGAAGCGCUACGAAACUCGGCCCUGAAGCUUUCCACUUUAUCGAAGGCAAUGAGGCCAGAAGCUUAAAGAAUGGCGAAAAAUAUUACAUUCUACGACCUGAGACCUUCGAAUCUUACUUCGUAAUGUGGCGAUUAACAAAGGAUCCAAAAUAUCGCGAAUGGGGUUGGGAGGCGGUUCAAGCAUUGGAAAAACAUUGUCGGGUUCCCGGAGGAUUCACGGGACUUAACAAUGUUUACCUAGUCGACUCGGCGAAAGACGACGUCCAACAAAGUUACUUCUUUGCUGAGACAUUGAAGUAUCUUUAUUUGCUCUUCAGCGACGACGAUCUCAUAAGUCUGGACGACUGGGUAUUCAACUCCGAGGCUCAUGUGCUUCCUAUCAAGGGCAAUCCUCUGUACCGCCCAGCUCCCUCUUUAUAAACCAGACAAGUUCACGACAUAUUGAACGAUACUGACAGUUCUCGUUCGGCAGUGAUGGAACCGACAGAUAUAUAUACAUAUGUGUAUAUAUAAUAUAUAAUAAUAUGACGAUACACAGUGGAUCAAAAUUAUACAGCGACAGAAGACUUAAGAAAUUUAUUUCCAAUUGACAAAGCGCUUAUUUAGCUAAUUCUUUCUUUUUAUAAUAUUAUAUCGAUAUCAUACAAAUGUUAUUACCAUAUAAAUAUUCAUUAUUACCACACAAAUGUUCACUUUACGAUAUAAAAGAUGUUUAUUUGUAAAUGUUAUUAUGCGAUUUAUUUCAAUUUUGACCCAUUGUGUAUAUAAUAAAAUCGCAAAUUACUGAAGAGGAUAAAGAAUUAUUAUAGUUUUCGCGCUUAGAGCGAAUUGAUACACAUUUUAAAUUAAAAUAAUUAUUUUAAGUAAAGAAAAAAGAGAAAAAGUGAAAGAGAGAGAGAGAGAGAGAGAGAGAGAGAGAGAGAGCGAGAAAAUUGAGAGUGAGAAAAAGCAGAAUGAAAAUAUUAUUAACGAACGUUAUUUAAGCCACACGUUUGUAAAUAGCAAAAAUAAAGAAAGUGAGAAUGUGAGAGAAUGAACGAGAGAGCUAUGAAAAUAGAAAAAUAUAUUGCGAGAAUGUGAAUGCUUCGCCCAUUUCCUUUUUCAGCCGCAGCGCCAAGCGAUCUACUUCACACUUAAAUGUAUAUUUGUAACAUUAACAUUUUUAAUAUUCUCUAACAAUCACGGCAGGGUAAUCGAUGAUUCAUUGGCAUUCCUUUCUUUUUCAUCAAUAGUUACUCUGGAGAUAUAUAACUCUCCAAAAGCAGAACUCUGAAAAAGCAUUAUUAAGAAAAUCUUAAUAAUUGUGGAAUAUUUUAUCAUAUAAGACAUAGAGUAAAUUAAUGUAUCAAAUUGUUAAUGACACCUAUUUAGUAGUUUCUGUGAGAAUGUCUCUAUUUUUUCAAAUGUUAAGUUUUGAUCGCGUACGAAUUCAGUGUAUUAAUUGAAACUAUGUGUGAACUGCUUUUAUAUAGCCGAAUGAGAAUAAAUUUUUCGUCGAUACCAAGCAUCAAUAUAAACUUGUUUUGUAAAACUUUGAAAAUAAAACUGUCAGUCAAUCAAAAAAAAAUAAAAAAAUAAAAAGAAGAGAGGAAAAUAGCGAUAAAUCGUCGAACCAUCGUUUAAAAAAAAGUCCCAUACAACGUUUUGUAACACUAACGCUUAACGCGUCUCUUUCCCCGUUUUUUAUCGAUAUUCCUCAAAAAGAUUUUGACUAUCCAACAAUUUUGCUAUCGAGUCCAAUCUCUCCCAACCUCCUGAAUUUUUUAACAAAGGAAGAAAGGAGAAAGUAUACAAACCAAACUGUCAUUCUCACGAUUGUGGUGCGAGCGUGCGUGCUUUUUGUAUGGUGUGCUAAUCGAAGUAGAAUGAAAUAAAAAGGAAAUCUGAAAAAGGUGUAGACCGAAUGUACGAAUGCGGUCGCGCGUUUGCAACGACGGCGAUCAUCAUUGCAAGUCAAAUAUCGUAGUUGUAAAACAGUUAACUAGCAAACAAUUAACUAGCAAAGUCUAUAAUGAGAGGUAGAGACGUGUACAUAAAGAUUACAAGAAAGUCAUAUUCUAUACGAAGAGUGCGAGAUACAGAAUGAGAUUGUAGAAGAAACACCAUAUAAUUGUAUAGCGCUUAUACCAAUUGUAAGAAUUGAUUCGUCCAAAUUGGAUUUUACAAUAUCCAAUGAGAAACAAUUAUAUACAAACAGUAACAUAUAUCUCAAAGACACGUAUUUUCGUGUUCAGGAUCAAACUUACAAUUGUAAUUACAGUUAAAGGAACUUCUUUUCAGUAAUAUCAAUCAUGAUCAACAAUCGCAAAGAGACUCUGACUUUUUAUAAGUCUAUCUCGUGAAUGAGCUUUUGUAAAACAUUUUUCUUCAAUAAAUUUGACCCUGAUGGUGUCUCUUAUUGAAUUUCCGAACAAUCAGCAUCGCACUUAUCGAUGAUGAGAACGGCCGGAAAGUUACUUAAUGUAUAGUACAGAGCUGUCGCGCAGUUUUCUGAUAAGAUGAGGUUCCAAAGGCGAAACUUCGAAACAUCAUCUUCAAACGCAAAAUAGAAAACA